CCAGUGUUGGAUGGUGCUCAAGGGCAGGAAGAGUCAGCUGAUGUCAUCAAUGUUUAUAUUUGAUACCUUGUUAUGGGCUUACUUUGUGUAAUUUAAAAUAUAUAUAUUUUACAGCCAUUUCCUAUAAAAGUAUAAUACAUUCACUACAUAGUAGUAUAUCGACUUACUGAGUGUGUGAGGCAAUGUUGGUCGGUGGGCAUGGUGAAUCCAACCCAAACACAACCUGGCUCCAGAGCCGUGGGUUGUGGAUAAGCUACAUACUCGGAGUAUUGACACUUCAUCUCAUUUUACUCAGUGUUCCAAUACUAAGUGUUCCACUUGCGUGGACUCUGACAAACCUCAUACAUAAUGCAUGCCACUUUGUGUUCCUACAUGUCUUGAAAGGAGCACCCUGGAUUCCUCAAGACCAAGGGGACUGCAGAAUACUCACUCACUGGGAACAGAUAGAUUAUGGACAACAGUUUACAGCAACUCGGAAAUUUUUAACAGUCGUUCCUAUUAUACUUUUCCUUCUGACGAGCUUCUACACAAGAUAUGCUACAGGCCACUUCAUAGUUAAUUUUGUUUCCAUGGUGUUAGUAGUUCUACCGAAGCUACCACAGUUUCAUCGGGUGAGGCUAUUUGGCAUCAACAAAUACUGAGACUGAAAUUUCUAUAGAGGGAUACACAGCGUACCUGAAGAAUGGCCUUUGCACUGCACACCAUGCAGCUUUCGUGGUGAACGUUUCUACAUCAGGCAUCUUAAUGGAAGCAUUUAUGUAAAAAAAAAAAAGUAUAAAUGUUCGCAUUUCUUUACAGUAUAGUAAUCUGCUGUUUUCUAUAGUGGAAAUUAAAAUUUGACAUACUACAGUCAAUGAGUUAAGAAAAUUUCAGUUAACAUUAUUAUGGUAAUUUUUUUUAACCUUUGAUCCUGAAUCCUGUAUGAAUAUUAUUAAUAAAUUUAGUCUAUACCACAACAUGUCUCCAUUACAAAGACAAGUUGGUCCUGUGUAAGAAACAA